GAGACGUCCACGUACGAGGUCGAAUUACCUGACGCACUCGCUGCUCGGCGUAUUCACCCAGUAUUCCACGUCUCGCUACUGCGACCGCACCAAGCCAACAAUGACGCUCUAUUCCCUCAACGCGACUUCGUGCGACACUACGACUUCGGCGCGCCCAACAACGCCGAAUUCUUGGUCGACCGCAUCAAAUCCCAUCGAUGGGAGGCUGGACAAAUCCUGUUCACCGUCGAGUGGGAGAUGGGCGAUACGACUGAGGAGCCGUACGAGAACGUCAAGGACCUGACGGCCCUCGACGACUAUCUUACGCUGCAAGGCGUGGAGCGUUGGGAGGACUUGCCGGGGAAUCGGCCUGUCCGACAACGCAAGGCCAACCGCCGCGUGGGUCGACCACGAUUG